AUGGCUCCCAGGGCACUCGGAUCUGGGCUUUGUUUGGGGAUUGAAUGCCAUGAUGCCCUUCCAACUCUAGUCCUCACACUCUUGGCCAGUGUACUGGUGACUUGGCUUGAGGCUGCUAAAUUCACUGUGGGCUUCCAGGCCCCCUGGAACAUCUCCCAUCCAUUCAGUGUACAAAGGCUGGGUGCAGGGCUCCAGAUUGCCAUGGACAAGAUCAACUCGGAGAUGGCAGACCUCGGAAACUUCAGCUGGGAGUUCACUUACACCAACUCAACCUGCAGUGCCAAGGAAUCUCUUGCUAUUUUCAUCAACCAAGUCCAGAGAGAACAGAUUUCUGUCCUGUUUGGACCAGCAUGCCCAGAAGCAGCAGAGGUUAUUGGUUUGCUGGCCUCUGAGUGGAACAUCCCCAUGUUUGACUUUGUUGGACAAACAGCAAAACUGGAGAAUGACUUCUUGUAUGACACCUAUGUGAAACUCAUGCCACCCAUGCACAAAAUCAGUGAUGUGCUCCAGGAAAGUCUUCGGUACCUGGGCUGGAAGCACAUUGGGAUAUUUGGAGGUCACUCUGGGACCUCCUUCUGGGAUGGAGUGGAUGAAUUGUGGAGGGUUGUAGAGCAUGAACUCAGAUCCCAUUUCACCGUCACUGCCAGAGUGAGAUAUACCAACAAUGAUCCAGCCUUCCUUCAAGAGAAUCUUAGAAACAUGUCACUGAUUGCCAGAGUGAUCAUCUUAAUCUGCAGCUCGGAGGAUGCAAAAGUUGUUCUGCUGGCUGCAGAGAACCUGGGACUCAACACAGGAGAAUUUGUCUUCAUUAUUUUGCUGCAGUUGGAGGACAGUUUUUGGAAGGAGGCAUUGAUGGACCAGGAGGUGAUGCACUUGCCCACCGUCUAUGAGUCUGUGUUUCUCAUAGCCCUCAGCUCCUAUGCAGCCGGCGCUGGAGAUGAAGGCUUCCGAAAACAAGUGUACGAAAGGCUGCGGCGUCCGCCCUUCCACAGCUCCAUCUCUGCAGAGGAGCAGGUGAGCCCUUACUCCGCCUACCUUCACGAUGCGGUCCUGCUCUAUGCUCAGGCUGUGAGGGAGAUGAUAGCGGCCGGAAGGGACUUCCAGGAUGGGCGGCAGCUGGUCAGCACUCUGAAAGGUUCCAACUGGACGGCAUUGCAGGGAAUCACCGGCCCCGUGACUGUGGACUCCCAGGGAGAAAGGCUCAUGGAUUAUUUCAUCUACGCCCUACAGAAAUCUGGAAACGGGUCCCUCUUUCUUCCUUUUCUUCAGUAUGACAGCUCUCAGAAGGUAAUCAGACCUGUGAGGAAUUUCUCUACUCUUCCUUGGCCCCAGGGCUCCCUUCCUGAAGACAGAGCCGGCUGUGGGUUUUACAAUGAGCUCUGUGAAACUGAGCCUGCUUUUACAGGUCAGUGUGGGCGCUUGGAAAAGGUAGCAGGAAGGAUUCUCCGUGUAGCUGUUCUGAUCCUCAUGAUGACCCUCCUGAUUACUGUCCUGGGAGCUGUCAUCAUAGGUCUGGUUUUAAGGAUGCAGAGGGGAAAACUCCAGAGGCAAAAUACAGGCAUCUGGUGGCAAAUCAAUCAUGAUGACAUCACCAUUCUGUCCCAGCACAAGCCAUCCCAGAGAGGCACACCUGUGUCGAGAGGGAACAACAGCAAUUCGUCCAGGGUGAUAAUUUCUGAGGACUUCAGCUCCUUUGUCAAGAGCCAGCAGGGGGAAGAGCUCUUCUAUGCCCCAGUAGGGCUUUACCAGGGAAACCACGUGGCCCUCUGCUAUGUUGGUGACCAAGCAGAAGCCUGGAUCAGGAAGCCCUCUGUGCUUCAGGAAAUCCGGCUGAUGUAUGAAUUAAAGCACGAAAACAUUGUUCCCUUCUUUGGUAUAUGCACAGAACCACCAAACAUCUGCAUUGUCACCCAGUAUUGUAAAAAAGGGAGUCUUAAGGAUGUUUUGAGAAAUGCAGAUAAUGAUAUGGAUUGGAUAUUCAAACUCUCAUUUGCAUAUGACAUAGUCAAUGGCAUGCUGUUCCUCCACAGGAGCCCCCUGAAGUCUCACGGCAACCUGAAACCUUCCAACUGCCUGGUGGACGGUCGGAUGCAGGUGAAGCUAUCCGGAUUUGGGCUGUGGGAACUCAAGUAUGGCCAGACGCACAGGACAUAUAAUGAGAAAACAAUGGACCACUCAGAGCUCUAUUGGACGGCCCCAGAGCUGUUGAGGCUCCCAGAGGUGCCCCGGGCAGGCACCCCAAAGGGAGACGUGUACAGCUUUGCCAUCCUGAUGAGGGAGCUUAUCCACCACCAGGACCACGGGCCUUUUGACGACUACAACGAGGCACCAUGUGAAAUCAUCAGUCAAAUCAAAGACCCUACGGCCUUAGUUCCACUUCGACCUUCCUUGUCAGAGGAGAAGGGCAAUGAGAAGAUUAUGGUCAUGGUGAGAGCAUGUUGGGACGAAUCUCCAGAGAAACGGCCCACUUUCCCUUCCAUCAAGAAAAUUUUACGAGAAGUCAGUCCCAGAGGCCAUGCGAACAUCCUAGACAGUAUGGUGAGCAAGCUGGAAGUAUAUGCCAAUCACCUGGAGGAGGUGGUGGAGGAGAGGACCAGCCAGCUGAUGGCAGAGAAGAGGAAGGUGGAGAAGCUUCUGUUCACAAUGCUGCCCAGCUUCAUUGGAGAGCAGCUCUUAGCUGGAAGGUCCGUGGAGCCAGAACAUUUUGAGUCCGUGACAAUCUUUUUCUCCGACAUCGUUGGAUUCACAAAACUGUGUUCUCUCAGCUCCCCCUUGCAGGUUGUAAAGCUCCUUAACGACCUGUACAGUUUAUUCGACCACAUCAUUCAAACUUAUGAUGUGUAUAAGGUUGAGACCAUUGGAGAUGCAUAUAUGGUAGCCAGCGGACUUCCCAUCCGCAAUGGAGCCCAGCACGUGGAAGAGAUCGCCAUGAUGUCCUUGCACUUCCUCAAUGCCACCAUCCACUUCCAGAUUGGGCACAUGCCUGAGGAGAAGCUUAGACUCCGGAUCGGCCUCCACACAGGUCCUGUGGUGGCUGGCGUGGUGGGAAUCACCAUGCCCAGGUAUUGUCUGUUUGGAGACACUGUGAACGUGGCAUCCAGAAUGGAAAGCAGCAGUUUGCCUCUCCGGAUUCAUGUCUCAGAGAGCACUGCAGCCACCCUGCUGACAUUGGGAGGAUACGAUUUGCAAAAGAGAGGCACCAUUCCAGUCAAGGGCAAGGGAGAGCUAACAACUUUCUGGUUGAAAGGCAAAGAAGGCUUCCCUAUUCUGCUCCCCAACUUUAGUGAGGAAGAAGUUAAAGUCCCAGAGAUCUUAUAAGACUCCUUCCCAAGGUAGCUGGAAUCUGUGCCAGAGGCAGGAGGUGAGAGAGGCCAACAUAAGUCUUCCACCGAGAUCUAAUCUGACCUUCUCAUCCUGGUGACCACAAACCUGAGGUCCAGAAAGGGGAAUUAAAAGACAGACAUUAAAAUUCAUUACCAUGCCAAGCAAAAUACCACAUAGCCCUUAAUCCUCACGGCCCUGUGAUUAAGGGAUAUCAUCUCCAUCUUUCAGUUGAAGAAACAGCAGCUCAGAGAAUCCAUUUAACUUCCCAAAGUCACAUACCCGAUAAGCAGAGCUCUUUGCUCUCUAAUUAACUUGACUGAAAAGUCAGAGAUCCCUCUACCCACAUAUAUAGUUCUUGAGCUCAGUAUGUUCAUGAUUUGCCUGGAAGUAUGUUAUAGGAGUUUGUAACAUCCAUUCACCAAAGUGCUUAUGUCUGAAAACAAUUUUAACUUAAA